AUGUCGGACAAGCUGGGAAGCGAAGAUCUCAUACUUGGGACGCACUUGGUGGUGAUGAACACCUGGGGAGUUAUCAACUCCUUUGGCGUCUUUCAAAGCCACUACGCUCAGACGCUGCCACGACCUCCUUCUGAUAAUUCUUGGAUUGGAUCAAUCCAGAUUUUCCUUCUUUUCUUCAUCGGUACCUUCACGGGACGUCUCACUGACGCCGGACUCUUUCGCCCAGUUGCCCUUGUAGGCUCUAUCUUGGUUGUUCUUGGCAGCAUAGCCACUUCAUUUUCGACCCAAUACUGGCAAAUAUUCUUAUUUCAGGGAGUAUACGUCGGGCUUGGGAACGGCUGUCUCUUCUGCCCGACCAUCGCUCUCGUCUCAACCUACUUUCAGAAAAGACGAUCCUUAGCCAUCGGCUUCACGGCGUGCGGUAGCACGACAGGAGGUGUUCUCUAUCCUGCUAUCGUGCGCCAGCUGCUCCCACUUCUAUCCUUGAGACCCCGUCUUCCGCCUCGCACAACGGGGCAACUAGUUGAGUGGGGAGCGUUCAAGGAAUUGGAGUGCACCUUCUAUGGUAUAGGAAUGUUUCUGUGCUUUUGGGGAUCUUACUUUGUCUUCUUCUUCACUGCCGCCUACGGCAGAGAUAUCCGGGGUAUGUCUUACACAUCGUCGCUGGAUGUCCUGAUGAUUAUGAGCGGCGUUGGGAUCGUCGGCCGGAUUUUACCAAGCUAUCUGGCCGACCACAUCGGAGCCCUGACAGUGCUCGUACCGACAGCCGGCGCUGGUGGUCUCAUCAUGUUCACUUGGCUUGCAGCGGACACAAAGAGUGCCUUCUACGCAUGGGCUGCGAUAAGCGGGAUCAUCUUGGGAGGUAUCCAGGCGGUGUUUCCUUCCGCACUGGCCUCUUUGACAGCCGAUCCUAGCAAACAGGACACAAGAAUCGGCAUGAUGUUUACGAUACAAGCUGAUAUCAUGCAAUUACAUGCACCUACCCCGCUCGUGCGGACUACUCCGUCAACUUCACCGCUGGAUCAGUCCGUUCUCAACCUACAAAUCCAGUACUGCAUCAGAAAGAUUACUGAUCCCGAGGCUCGACAUUUUUUGGGGUGGAAAUUAGAAGAAAUGUUCACCGGCAUCCAAACCACUCGCUCAGCCGGUUUGGUGACGACAAGUCGAACAGCGCAAUAA